GGUUCGACAGCGAGUUGCGAAGCAGUCUGGAGGUGAUUUCUCGCUCAUCUGUAUCUGACGUCGCGUGGAAACAGGCCACAUUGCCAAUCCGUCUCGGUGGUUUGGGUUUGAGAGAAACCUGUAGAACUUCCGCACUCGCUUUCGUAGGCAGUUGCAAUUUUACACGGGAUUUGAGUAUUCGUCUCUUGGGGUGUGCUAAGCCACCUGUUUUGAGGAGCAGUGAAGGGCCAAUCACUAAUCCUGAUGUUCCAGAUCUGCUUUUCCCAGGUGAGGUAUCGUCUCGUGAACAGCUGCUGUCUACUCUCCUGUCUACCGCUGAUGUUGACCUCGGUGGAGCAAGUCAACAUGAUUUGCAAGAGAUUUUCGACAAGUCACUUUUAUCUGACAUUAAGAACUCAGUCAGUAUACGCGACCAAGCACGUCUAAACGCUAUAUCAACUCCUCAUGCAGGCGCAUGGCUGCGGGCAAUCCCUAACAGAAAUUUGGGCCUCGUCAUGUCUGCAGAGGAAUAUGUGAUUGCUUUACGUUUACGGCUAGGAAUUCCAAUUUUUCCUUCUCUCUCUACUAGAUGUCCAUGUGGUUCAAUAAUAGAUGCCUACGGAGAUCAUGUGUUAGGUUGCGGCUAUGGUAACCUGAGAAUUAAACGCCAUGAUGCGUUACGUGAUGUCAUCUUUCACACACUACUUGAGGAUCACUCUGGCACUCGGAGAGAACAGCACUGUGGCGGAUAUAACAAUUCUCGCCCAGGUGACGUCUACCACCCAGAUUUUCUACUUGGUCGUCCAGGAUAUUUUGAUAUCACAGUAAGGAAUUCCUUCCAGCUGUCUCACAUUGUCCACUCCGCUUAUUGUGCUGGUGCCGCUGCAGCAGCUGGAGAGAUGGAGAAAGACGAUCGUCAUAAAGACAACGUAGAGGCGACAGGAGGUGUUUUCUACCCGCUGGUAGUUGAGUCCUACGGAACGUGGACCUCCAGUAGCUUACAAACUUUAAAAACAAUUGCUAGAAGGACAUCUCUCCGUAGUAGUAUUACUGUUAGCAGGGCUAUCGUUAAUUUUCACGGGCAGCUCUCUCUCCGCCUUUGGCAAUUUAACGCUAGGAUGAUUUUGGACCGUUUGUCUUUGUUAGGUUUAGACAGAGACUACUCUGUUUGUUCUUCGUUGUGAGGCCCCUCUAGUGGAGGGGUAGCUAUUAUU